UUGGGUAAGACCAGGGAAAUCUAAUCUAAUCCUCUGAAUUCUAACAUCUCCGGGGGCCCAUUCGACCAGACCAGUGAACAGAAGAACAAGAUUAACGACAUCCAAAACUAAGUACGCGCGAGGUUUGGAUCAGUUCGUUACAACAACGUUCGACAGAUUCGAUUUACACCUCUACACCAUCCACAGUUCAUGUUCAGAACCAAACUCAUUCCAAUAAUAUGCAGGUUGACAAUAAAAGGACAUUUAAACAAAUCCUCCUUUUAGCAUAUCAGAGUUUUGGUAUUGUGUUUGCUGACUUGAGCAUUUCUCCCCUUUACGUUUAUAAAAGUAUAUUUUCUGGAAGAUUGGGUAAUUUUCAGAGUGAAGAUGCAGUAUUUGGGGCAUUUUCCUUGAUAUUCUGGACUUUCACUCUUCUUUCGCUGUUCAAGUAUGUCAUUAUUUUGUUAAAUGCAGAUGAUAAUGGCGAAGGAGGAAUUUUUUCUUUAUAUGCACUCCUCUGCAGAAAUGCAAAGUUUGGUUUACUUCCUAAUCAUCAAGCAGCUGAUGAGGAGCUUUCUACAUAUCAUGCCUCUGGUUACUCGAGUAGAAAUAUACCUUCCUCCCCAUUGAAAUCUUUUAUGGAGAGUCGCAAAAAAGCAAAAACUGGUUUACUUCUUGUAGUUUUGCUUGGCACUGCCCUGGUUUUCUGUCUUGGUGUCCUCACACCAGCAAUAUCUGUUCUUUCAUCCAUUGAUGGGCUGCAAAUCCGAUUACAUGAUAAGCACGGUGGUAUGGUGGUUUUCAUAGCAUGUCUUGUAUUGAUUGGCCAUUUUGUUUUGCAAUACCGUGGCACCUACAAGGUGGCUUUUCUGUUUGCUCCCAUAUUGAUUUUAUGGUUAUUGUCCAUUGCCGCUGUUGGCAUCUACAAUAUUGUCAAGUGGAAUCCAAGAGUAUAUCAAGCCCUUUCUCCAUAUUACAUUUACAAGUUCUUUAGGGAAACUGGAAAAGAUGGUUGGAUUUCUCUUGCAGGAGUACUUCUCUGUGUUACUGGAAGUCAAACCAUAUUUCAAGACCUUGGCCAAUUCACAGCUGCAUCAAUAAGGCUUGCAUUUUGCUUUGUUGUUUACCCAUGUCUAGUGCUUCAAUAUAUGGGACGGGCUGCAUUUCUUUCAAGAAAUUUUUCUGCACCUUUAAACUUUUAUGCUUCCGUCCCAGAUCUACUGUUUUGGCCAUUUAUUGUCUUGGCAACUUUGGCUGCAAUUGUUGCCAGUCAGGCCGUCAUCUCUGCCACAUUCUCAACUGUUAAGCAAUGCUAUGCAUUAGGAUGCUUUCCCCGUGUCAAGGUUGUGCAUAAAUCAAGAUGGAUACGUGGUCAGGUAUACAUCCCAGAGAUAAAUUGGGUCCUUAUGAUUCUCAGUCUGGCAGUUACAGUAGGCUUUCAAGACACACUUCGUUUGGCCAAUGCUUAUGGGUUGGCAAGCAUGGCUUUGGCAUUUAUAACAACAUGUUUAACGACUCUGGUCAUCAACUUUGUAUGGCAUCGGAGUCUCAUAUUUGCCCUUCUGUUCGCACUAUUCUUUGGAUCUAUUGAGAUCAUGUACCUCUCUUUGGCGUGCGUGCAAAUCCCCAAGGGUGGAUGGACUUCUGUCAUGCUCACUGCAGUCUUUCUGGUCAUUAUGUUUGUGUGGCAUUACGGCAGCAGGAGGUGGUAUUUAUAUGAUCAGCAUAACAAAGUAUCCAUGAAAUGGAUUCUUAACCAAGGCCCAAGUCUUGGGGUUAUUAGGGCUCCUGGAAUUGGCCUCAUCUUCACUGGAUUGGCAAAUGGAGUCCCAGCCACGUUCACCCAUUUCUUAACCAACCUACCAGCAUUUUACCAAGUGGUUGUCUUCGUCUGUUUUAAGACUGUUCCUGUUCCGUAUGUUCCUCAUAAAGAACGAUAUCUCAUAGGCCGGGUUGGCCCCAAAUCUCAUCGGAUGUACCGCUGCAUUGUUCGAAGUGGCUACAAAGAUGUCCAGAAUAAUGUUGAUUUUGAAAACGACCUUGUGAUGAGCAUAAUAGAAUUUAUCCAAUUGGAAGCAGAAGGCUUUGAAAACCCAGAUGGUUCUGUGGAUGGUUGGCUAGCAGUUGUGAGGACAUCUGAGAAGUUUGGCAAACGAUUGGCAACGUCAGAAUUGGACAACAGAGAAGAAAGUAGCAGUAGUUCAGGACCGCCAUUUAUUGGGAGUAGCAGUAGAUCACCUGCUCUGCAGAAGUUGAAGUCCUUGUAUGAGUGGGAAUCAUCUCCCAGCUUUAGGCCACCAGUUCAACUCAAGUUGGUAGAUACAAAAUUUAAGGAUAUGCGCGUGAAGGAAGAGCUCUUGGAGCUUAUAGAAGCCAAGUAUGUUGGUAUGUCAUAUAUUAUAGGCCACUCUCGUAUAAAGGCCAAAUGGAACGCAUCAUUCUUGAAGAGAUUUGUGAUCAAUGUGGCCUAUUCUUUCUUGCGUAAAAACUGUCGGUCCUCUGCCGUGGUCUUGAACAUACCUCAUAUUUGUUUGAUUGAGGUAGGUAUGAACUACUAUUUGUAGUCCAAUUUCUUGGGAUACAUCUUCUGGCUGCAAAAAUUGCAUGGAGUUCUUUCUCCAGGAAUUAUAGGCAGAUCUCAAGACACAAGGGAAGAGGUACAUUUGACUAAUAAAUUGUUGGGUGAUUUUUGUUUGCGACUGGUAGAAGCUCUCCCACAGGCUGGCUUUGGAGUUUUGAAGCCACGGCAUUUUUGUUUAUUGUGCUCUUCUCCUGUUUCUAAACCGAAUGUUUCCAUUAAAUUAUUAUUCAUGGUUCCAAAGCUUUUUGAGGUUAUGAAUGGUGAAAGGUGACAUUAGGAUUAAUUUUUAUUAGGAAUUUGUCCAAAUAUAUCAUGCUAUGAUGGUUAAUUAGUGUGGAAAAUUGUGUAUAUCUUAACUUUGUAUCUUAAAUAAUGUGCAAGGAAUUUUUUUUUUUUUU